CUUCCCCCACACUUGCUCCAACGUUCCGACAUCACGUCGGCACCAACAUCAACGACGGUAGAAAGAGAGAGAGGCGAUAAGAAGUUCGACGAGAGACAGACUCCCCAUCAUAUAUCGGCGACAUAUCCGAUCAACUGCGGCACGACCCAGAGCUCGAAACCUCCCUUUUACUUUCUGCCCUUGCUCAAGCACCAGAGGCAGUGAUAAUGGCUUCGGUCAGACAGUUCCCUACCAUCAAGGCUGUUCGGUCAUUCAUCAUAGAUGGUGUCGGAUCAGGUGGUGAUUAUCACAAUGUGAAGGGAGGCCAUUGGUUGAUCGAUACGGAUAUCUCGACGCCUGCCUCCAUCUGGGAGCAGUACAAGAAGUCGAGAACAAGCUGGGGUAUCAACGUCUUAGGAUCCUUCUUGGUGGAGAUAGAAGCUUCGGAUGGCACCGUGGGGUUCGCAACAGGCUUUGGAGGUCCCCCAGCAUGUUGGCUUGUCCACAAGCAUUUCGAGCGAUUCUUGAUAGGCGCAGACCCCCGUAACACCAACCUCUUAUUCGAGCAGAUGUACCGUGCCUCCAUGUUCUACGGUCGCAAAGGUCUGCCGACGGCUAUCAUCUCCGUCAUCGACCUGGCCAUCUGGGAUCUUCUUGGGAAGCUCCGAAAUGAGCCCGUGUACAAGCUCAUCGGUGGUGCCGCCAGGGAACGACUGGACUUCUACUGCACGGGUCCAGAACCUGCAGCUGCCAAGGAAAUGGGAUUCUGGGGUGCAAAGGUCCCUCUGCCAUACUGUCCAGCUGACGGCCACGCGGGGUUGAGGAAAAACGUCGAAUACCUGCGCAAGCAGCGCGAGGCCGUGGGACCGGACUUCCCCCUCAUGGUCGACUGCUACAUGAGUCUCAACGUAUCGUACAUAAUCGAUCUCGCCAAGAAAUGCGCCGAUCUAGACAUCAACUGGUGGGAGGAGGUCUUGAGCCCCGAUGACACGGAUGGAUUCGAGCAGAUCAAGCGCGCGCAUCCUCAACUCAAGUUCACAACAGGCGAGCACGAGUAUUCGCGGUACGGAUUCCGUAAGCUGAUCGAGGGUCGCAAUCUCGACAUCAUCCAACCCGACGUCAUGUGGCUGGGUGGAUUGACGGAGCUGCUAAAGGUGUCAGCUAUGGCAGCGGCAUACGAUAUCCCCGUCGUUCCACAUGCCAGCGGCUCGUACAGCUACCACUUUGUCAUCUCGCAACCCAACACGCCCUUCCAGGAGUACUUGGCCAACUCACCUGAUGGAAAGAGCGUAUUGCCCGUCUUCGGCGACUUAUUCCUGGACGAGCCCAUUCCUACCAAGGGAUACCUCACUACCGCCGACCUUGAUAAGCCUGGAUUCGGCCUCACUCUCAACCCGGCCGCUAGAGCGAAGCUGAUCCCAUCUGAUUAUCUGUUAAACCCGCCCCCGACAGCUGGGCUUAGCCUUAAAGCUGAGGUUGGACCCGAAGCACCGACUGGUCCUGACGCAGAGGAUAGAAAGCCAAUCGAUGCGACAACUGAAGCUUCAGCUCCCGUCGAAGAGACGAAGCCAAGUGAGGGAGCAAGUCUUGUAGACACCAUCACGAACGGUGUGAAGACCAUGGCAGCUGCAUAAGCUUAAGAAUCUGCUUUAGGGAGAAUAUGGAAGUAUAUAAACUAUUAUUCAGGUGUCACACAGAUACCAUUGCCAUAUAAAUCAUUGUUUGUUAACGAAGUUGGUGUACUGUGGGUGUACCUAUCUGAAACAGCAUGACGACAUUGGAAGGUCGAGGAUACGAAGGAAUGCCAUGUCGUGAGCCACGCAUGGGGAUGAAGAGAGCAAAUAUUAAGAUACCGUACUUAAGUCUAGUAGAUGACGAAUCUCAACCAUUAAAUCUAUUCUAUUAUAGCUGCUAAGGCCCGUCCG